UCAAGCUAGUGCGAGCAGCGCGUAAUAAGAGGCGGUCGGGCUUUAUGGUAGUCGCGCGGGCUUGGCGGUUGAUAUUGGCGGCGCUUGGGGUGAAAUAAACGGCGUGAUCUUGGUGCUCGACCUCCCGAGGCAGUGCGCACCGACGGAAGGGGCGAAGGGCGGAACAGAGCCGGAGACCGAGCCCCGUUGUGCCGAACCCCCAGGUGGAGACGAGUGGGGAGGGGGUGCGGUGGGCUUCUAAGGGCAGCCGGUUCAAGCCUGUCGUGUGGUGAACGGUCGGCUGUCCGGUCCGUGCCGGGGGUAGGCCGCGGGCCGGCGCGUGUGAGUAUUGAAACUGGAAGGAGCCAUGACAGCAGGAGGGGGAACUGAUGAUGAUAUUCCACUGGGAGAGAGGAAGACUGUUACUGAUUUUUGCUACCUACUUGAUAAAUCAAAACAGCUCUUCAAUGGCUUAAGGGAUUUACCUCAAUAUGGGCAAAAGCAGUGGCAGUCAUAUUUUGGGCGGACUUUUGAUGUUUACACCAAGUUGUGGAAAUUUCAGCAGCAGCACAGGCAAAUCCUGGAUAACAGGUAUGGCUUGAAGCGGUGGCAAAUUGGAGAAAUUGCAUCGAAAAUCGGACAACUCUACUACCAUUAUUACUUGCGUACUUCUGAGACCAGUUAUCUUAAUGAAGCAUUUUCCUUCUACUCUGCAAUUAGGCAAAGGGCCUAUUAUUCCCAGGUCACCAAGGAAGAUCGGCCUGAGCUUGUAGUUAAAAAGCUACGGUAUUAUGCUCGAUAUAUAGUAGUUUGUCUGCUGCUUAACAAAAUGGACCUUGUCAGAGAUCUUGUAAAGGAAUUGUCAGAUGAGAUUGAAGAUUAUACACAUCGCUUCAACACUGAAGACCAGCUAGAGUGGAAUCUUGUAUUACAAGAGGUGGCUGCUUUUGUUGAGGCCGAUCCUGCAAUUGUGUUAAAUGAUGACAAUAGCAUUGUGGUAACCUCCAAUCGUCUGGCAGAAGGAGUCGUCCCACCGCUGGAACAGGGGAUGGUAGCUGGCCAGUUGGCAUUAGCAGAUGCAUUAAUUAUUGGAAACUGCAGCAGUCAGGUUAAGUUCAGUGAAUUAACUAUUGACAUGUUCAGAAUGCUGCAGGCCCUGGAACGAGAACCUAUUAAUUUGACUUCGCAGUUAGGCAAGACUGGAGCGCAGGAGCCAACAGAAAAACCAUCAAAACGAGAAAAUCCACAUAAAUAUUUACUGUACAAGCCAACAUUCAGUCAACUUUAUACAUUCCUUUCUGCAUCAUUUAAGGAGCUGCCUGGAAACAGUGUCCUGCUGGUGUACCUGUCUGCUACUGGUGUGUUUCCCACAGGUCGUUGUGAUUAUGAAGGUCCAUAUGACUUUGGAGGAGUACUCACCAACAAUAAUCGUGACACAGGAAACAUGGAAGUAAUACAGAAACGCAGCAAUUCGUUUAAAGAAAUGCACUGUCUUCAUCCUGGUGACUUUUUCCCUUUUACACGGAAACCAUUGUUUCUAAUUGUAGACUCUUCAAAUAGUAUAGCAUAUAAGAAUUUUAUCAACUUGUUUGGUCAGCCUUUAGUUUGUCUACUUUCUCCAACAGCAUAUCCCAAAGGUUUACAAGAUCAAACUCAACGAGGCAGUCUUUUCACCCUUUUUCUCUAUAAUCCUUUGAUGGCAUUUCUCUUUAUGUGCCGACUCACGAGCAUGAGAAAAGGGUUGUGGGAUAAAUGUCAGGAAUACCUUCUUAAGAUUUAUAGAGACAUAGCUCACCUGCUGACUAAAUCACGAACCGUGGAUCAGGCAUUUCUUCAGUUCUUCGGCGAUGAUUUUCUUCGAUUGCUGUUGACCCGCUUUGUUCUCUGCUCUGCAACCAUGAGACUGCACAAAAUGUUUAGGGAAACUCGUAAUUACCCGGAAACAUACCCACAGUUACAGAAAGAAGAUAGUGUGGAGAAUCCUGUUCUCCAGAAUCACAUUCUAGAACUGGCUUCCAUUUUGGAUGUUCGAAACCUUUUCCUGGAAAAGACCACUGAUGAAUAUUAGAAGAUCAAGAAAAUUAACAUUUUACUUUGAAGCUAAUGCUUCUGAAGACUAUUUCCUUUGCAUUUGUGUGUAAGAAUACUGAAGCACUUCAUUUUCAAACAUAAGUCUUUUUGGUCAAGAAAUUUUGCAGAAUCUCUGAUCUGCAGAAUGUUGUUGUUUCAGUAGUUGAUGCUUGUCCCAUAGUCAAAGUGUAGUAACAGUGUUGUGAUUAAAACAUUAACAUGGCAGGACACAAGUAAAAAGAUGAUUUAUAAACAAGUAGCUAAAAGGGCAUUAACAACUAAAGCAAUAGAAGCUUUUUGACUCGUUCUGUGUCACAGUGGAACACCCAGAUGUUAAGGGUGUCAUUUUAAGAGUUUUAUAAAUUAUCACUUGGCAGCAAAUAUGUAUAAAAAUAUAUCUAUAUAUGAUAUGAAAAUAUUGCCCUUGACAUUGUGCUCCAUUUUGUGUAUUCUAGUUAAUCAUGUGUACUAGGUUUGGACUUAUUAGUUCAUCCCUUUGAUAUUUGGUUUAUAUAAUUAUUGGGAUCAGCACACCAACUGUGUUUUACUGCAAUUUGACAAAAUGUGGCCUGGAGCACGGAGUGGGUGACAGUGCACUGAGAUUAUUAAGCAUGUUCUGUUGAUGUGAGUGAACUAUUGCUACCAGAAGACAUUCAAAACCAAAUCCUGAAAGUAAGUUUGUGUCUGCAUCCAGAUUUUCUUUUAUAAUGGAAUCAUUAUAAAAUGCAGUGGCAUGUUAGGUGAUCUCUUACAAUGUGGUCUGAUUUAAUUCACUUCUUUUCUUUGUAUGCCUAGAAAAUAACUGUUUACAUUUGCAGCUAAGUAUCAUUUUAAGGAAAUAAAUUUAAUAGACUUAAUUUAAAUAUUCCCCACUUGUUUCUUUGAAAGAGUAACUGUUUUAGUUGUAAGUUUACAAGCAGCUAUAACUUAAUGUUGUUGUGCCCCUAAAAGACUCGUAGAAAUUAGAAGCUGAAAAGUGUGUUGUGUUCUCAACACAGUAACUGUAAGUGUUCAUAUAGCUUAUGGUUAGUAUUGCGAUACAUAACUGACUUUUCUUUUAGCCAUAUGACGCUGCUACAUUUUUAUACAUACAUACUUGAAUUAAGCAAGGUUUUUUGUGUAGGUGCUUUGACAUUCAUGUUUGCCAAAUAUACUUUGUAUUUUACAUUAUGUAAAGGAAUAAGUCUUUCCUGCAUUAGAUUUUGAUUUGGCUAUGACAAAAAACAAGACUAUAAAAGAUGCUUUUUUUAAUGCUUGUGACCACAUAUUUUGCAUUGUGUUAGCUCAUAUUUCCUUUAGUUAUCAUUAUCUUCUGUUUGCAAGCAAUUUUGAACUUCUGUGAAAUUUUUCUGAUAUGAAGAUUUAGUGACUAUCAAAUCAUUAUGUAGAUCUGGUUUAAUAUGUUAUUGGUCUGAUAUUCUGUCACUUGAAUUUGUCUUGUUAAAGUCUAAAUGUAUUUUGGCUAAAUAUAAUUUUGAAAUAAGCAAAACAAGAAGGCAGCUUAAUUAGAAUUCUUACUGGCCAAAUGACACAGGAGGACAUUGUGGUAUUGACAAUGCUUCCUGCUUCCAAAGUUCGAAAAGUGGCCAAUAAUUAACUUGUAAAUAAUUGCAACAAGAAUUAUUGUUUAAAUUUUUUUUAAGAGAAUUUUUUUGUGAAUCAUGUUGUAUUUACCUGGUGCACUCUGACUCCUGAGCUGCACUUUAUUCACAUGUGCAUGUAUUUGAUUUAAAUGUGAUCUUUUGCUACUAUCUUGAAGCAAAAAAAAAUGCAAGAUGAAAGAGUUCUAUACUUUUAGUGAUAUUUAAAGAUAAACAGAUGGCACACACUGGAGAAAAUGUUCUCACUGUCUGAAUAUUAUUUGUCUUGUGAUUAGUUUAACUGUUGUACAUUUUAGUUUCUAUCGUGUGUUUGUAAUAAAUGUGUAUUACUCAAUGCUCUUAUCAAUGAGACACAAUAAAAAGAAAU